UCUUUCAAUAAUAGAAGACAUUGAUUAUCCACGGACAGUAUUGAGUAGACAGGCAAUGUGAUGUGGCUUUAUGUGCUCGGACUAAUUUCUGUGUUGCUUCACGCAACAACCGCUGCUGAUUUCGAUCAAGCCUACAAGAUCGUGAACGGAACGGAUGCCUCGAUUGUGGACUAUCCGUUUAUGAUUUCCCUGCGAAGUCGAACGGGGAGUCAUUCUUGUGGUGGCAGUAUUCUCAACGAACGUUGGAUUUUGACGGCGGCGCAUUGCGUUGAUUACUACACAACUCCCUUCCAGCAAACCGUUCAGGUUGGACGAACUGAUGUUUCUCCGGAACGCGAUGAUUCGGUUUAUGAUCUGGAAGAUGUGGUGAUUCAUCCUCACUACAGUGAAAGCAACAGCUACAUCAAUGAUAUCGCUCUGCUUAAGCUGCGUACUCCAUUGACCUUCAGCGACACUGUUAAACCCGUCGAACUGGCAAAAAACUAUGAAGAGGUAAGUGAAUCGGACCUUGACGCAUCAUUGAUCGGAUGGGGUCGGCUCGAAACAAAUGGAGCACUUCCAAAGACGCUGCAGAAGGUGGACUAUUACAUAGUUCCUAACGACGAAUGCAACGGCAUCCACCGUCAGCACAUCUAUCCGAGUCAGAUUUGUGCCGCUUAUCCUGGAGGCGGAAAGGGACAAUGCAAUGGAGAUUCUGGCGGCCCUCUGCUGCACAAUGGUAAACAAGUUGGCAUCGUAUCCUGGAGUGUUAAGCCUUGUACCGUUGCCCCGUUUCCGGGUGUUUUGACAAAGGUUUCCCAUCAUUUGAAUUUUAUCAAUGAAAACACUACACUGUAAUCCAAAAUCCGGACCUACAAAUAAAUUAUCAAAUUAA